GCGUCACGUUUCCCUUCUCUGGGACUAUCCACGGAGUCCAAUAUGGCUUCCGCCAGUAAGCAUCAGCCAAUGGGAAAGCUCGAACGUGGAUCACGUGACGCUAUAGGAGCGGACGUCACCUUCGGGAUGCCUGCGCUUAGAGUACUCUGCUGCGUGCAGCGUGGAGGUUAUGUGACUGGCUGUCAUAGAGUUUUCUCUCAAUCAAUCAAUCAUAUCUACUUACACAGGCAGUUGAACAUUCAACAAAGGAGAUGUUUCUUUUUCCGAAGACAAAGAAGCUUCGCUCAUAGUAUAGUUUGGCCAGGUACAGUUUCCCCAGCUCAUCCAGUUCCCGAGCAUAUAAUGAAGCCAGACUAUGUGACGACAGGCAUUGUGCCUGACUGGGGAGACUUCAUUGAAAUUAAGGACGAAGAUCAGAUUCAAGGGCUUCGUCAGGCUUGUCAACUAGCCCGUCAUAUUUUACUUUUGGCUGGAAGAAUUUUAAAGGUUGGCGUAACAACUGAAGAAAUAGAUGCAUUUGUUCAUCAUAAUAUUAUCAGACAGAAUGCAUACCCAUCCCCAUUAGGUUACGGAGGAUUUCCUAAAUCCGUGUGUACUUCAGUCAACAAUGUGGUCUGCCAUGGAAUUCCAGAUAGUCGACCUCUAGAGGAUGGAGAUAUAAUCAACAUAGAUGUCACAGUGUAUAGCAGUGGAUACCAUGGGGACACCUCCGAGACCUUUCUGGUUGGAAACGUGGAUGAAAAUGGGCAGAAGUUAGUGAAGACCGCCAGGAGAUGCAGAGAUGAAGCAAUAGCAGCCUGCAAGCCAGGAGCUCCCUUCUCUGUAAUCGGAAACACAAUCAGCCGGAUUGCCAAAGAGAACAAUUUCACAGUCUGCCCUCAAUUCAUUGGUCAUGGAAUUGGUUCCUAUUUUCAUGGACACCCUGAAAUUUGGCAUCAUGAAAAUGUUAAUAAUAUGGAAAUGGAGGAAGGGAUGGCAUUUACUAUAGAACCUAUUAUUAUGGAAGGGGCUCCUGAUUUUAGGAUUCUCAAGGACAAAUGGACGGCAGUAUCAAUGGAUAAGAAAAGAUCAGCCCAGUUUGAGCACACCAUUGUCAUCACUUCAACAGGGGCCGAAAUCUUGACCAAACUGGAUGAAGAACAUUGAUAUAUAAGAAAAGGGCUCAUCUUGUGAUACAUUACACCAGUGUUUCCCAACAAGGGUGCCUCCAGCUGUGGCCAAACUACAACUCCCAGCAUUCCCGGACAGCCUUCGGCUGUGCGGGCAUGCUGGGAGUUGUAGUUUGGCCACAGCUGGAGGCACCCUGGUUGGGAAACACUGCAUUACACUGAAGUGCAAAAUGCAAAAAUGACUAUCCUACCUCUUCACAGUCGAUAUAGAUUUCUCUAUGACCAGUGUUUUCUUUUUUAUCCAUACAGAUUGUACUUGCAAAUAAAAAAAUACAAUAAAAAAUAAUAAUAAUAAAACACCCUCUAAUACAUACACAUAAUAAACAUAAUGUGCCAACUGCAAAACUGGAAAUAAAAUGCAUUUUGCCUUAAAAAAAAAAA